AUGGAGGGGUUUUGUCAAAAUAUGGUGAAAGAUAUGUGCCCUAAUGCAGAAGAAGCUCUUUCUGCAUUAGUUGAAUUGUUUGUUAAAUAUAAUAGGGUGAAUAAGAGUAUGAAUUUGGGUGGUUUUAAGCCCUCAGUUGAUGUAUUAAACGCUUUGUUAGGUGCCAUUGUGAAGAAGAAGAGAGGUAUUAAAGAUGUGGUGUUUAUUUAUAAGGAGAUGGUACAAGCAGGAGUUAUGCCAAAUGUUCAUACUUUGAACUAUGUGUUGGAGGUUUGGCAACUGUCGAUUGAGAAAGCAUGGGGACACUCUGCAGGUGUUCCAUCAGGUUUGUAUCGAAAAUUGGGUUCUGGAUUCUAUAUCUUAUUAGGAGUUGUGGAUAGCCUCUGUCAGACAGGAAAGAUUAUGGAGGCUGCUGAGGCAGCAUGGGGAUGCUCUGCAGGUGUUCGAUCAGGUUUGUAUCGGAAAUUGGGUUCUGGAUUCUAUAUCUUAUUAGGAGUUGUGGAUAGCCUCUGUCAGACAGGAAAGAUUAUGGAGGCUGCUGAGGCAGCAUGGGGAUGCUCUGCAGGUGUUCGAUCAGGUUUGUAUCGGAAAUUGGGUUCUGGAUUCUAUAUCUUAUUAGGAGUUGUGGAGAGCCUCUGUCAGACAGGAAAGAUUAUGGAGGCUGCUGAGGUGGCAUGGGGAUGCUCUGCUGGUGUUCGAUCAGGUUGGUAUCAAAAAUUGGGUUCUGGAUUCUAUAUCUUAUUAGGAGUUGUGGAGAGCCUCUGUCAGACAGGAAAGAUUAUGGAGGCUGCUGAAGUAUUUCAUUACAUGUCAAAGAACGGAUGCUCCCCCAAUCCCUCUGCUUACAAUAUGGUGAUAGGCGGCAUGGGACAAGUGGAUGAAGCAAUUAGGCUACAGGGGUUGGCUUACAGUUCUAAUUCUUCUUAUACUGCUUAA